AUGUCGGCUGUCCGACGGGUGGAGCCGCCUUGCGACUGCGCCGCGAAAGACGGGGCAAGUGACCCCACCGUCAUAUUCGAGAACAAAUACGAGUUCUGCGGAUACAAUUUAAAGAUCGCUCGUUUCAUCAAUGCGAACCUCGGCUUCUCGGCCUACGUCUGGGAAGCUGGGGUCGCUCUUUGCCGGUACUUUGAGAAGCAGAACGCCAGUUUUACUGGGAAGACGGUGAUUGAACUGGGAUCGGGAACUGGGAUCGUGGGGAUCUUAACAACGUUACUUGGUGGAGAAGUGACCAUGACAGAUAAACCGAACACCCUGAAGCAAAUAGAAAACAACGUCUCCAUCAACAUCCCCUCUGCGUGCAGGCACCGGAUAAAUGUCCAGGCCCUGACAUGGGGUGAAGACCACGCCCGCUUUCCCACCAAUUAUGACUUCAUCUUGGGUUCUGAUAUUGUGUACAGCUCAGUUAGCUACCCGGCACUCGUGGAGACAUUGUGCCAUCUCGCCAAGCAAGGAGCUACAAUUUACCUCUCGUCCGAAUUACGAAAGAUGAAUGGUUCACCCUACUUCCACGACGAGCUUCUACCUCAGCAUUUUAAUUGCCAGCGUUCCGCGGCGCUCGCCGGGUGCUUGCGACCGCCCACCCCACUCACCGACGGCCGAGCUCACGGCGCGGACCCGUCGACGACCCCGCCGGGCGAGCCGGGCCUACUGGAGGGGUUGAUCCGCUCGCCGGGAACACUCCAGGCCGCGCUGCUCAUCGGCUCUGCUUCACCCCCGCGUGCACUGGAAGACGCCAAGUACCCUGAUAGGGAUAUGAUAGGGUGCUCGAGUCUGUGA